GCAAUCUAAAUGCCAGUUUAAGUAAAACUCACUUAUUUUUGUGGUACACUACCAUUUUUCAACAUGCAUACCCUACUAUUCUAUUUCUUCUUAACACAGUUGUUCUUAUAUCAAGGUAACACCCAAAAUGAUGGCUACACUAUUGACCUCAUACACCGGUACUCUCCAAAUUCUCCAUUCUACAACUCUUCCAUGACUUCUGAAGAGCGCGUCCAAAGGCUGGUACAUCACUCUGCUUCAAGGUAUCACCGCCAUACAAAGAGCCUCGUAGCUAACUAUCUUGAUACCAACAUAAUCCCAGGUGAUGGAGACUACCUCAUAAAAAUCGCGAUAGGCAGACCACCGGUGGAAAUGUAUGCAAUUGCAGACACCGGGAGUGACCUUAUAUGGGUCCAAUGCGAGUCAUGUGACAUUUGCGACGCCCAAAAUAAUGCAGCAUAUUUUGACCCUCAAAGUUCUAGCUCCUACAAGACACUCCCUUGUAACUCGACGAUUUGUGACACUGAUCCUAGCAUGCAAUGUGAUGAUGACACGGGCACUGAAUGCGAAUACUUCUAUACAUACGGGAGUGGAUCAACCAUAAGCGCGGGGAUCAUGGGGACAGACUUACUCACCUUAGACACGAGUAAAACAAAUUGUGUGUUCGGAUGUGGAAUCGUGCAGGAUGGUAGUUUCGACAGGAAUGCAGGAGGGUUAGUUGGCCUCGGUGGAGGUCCUCUCUCAUUGAUCUCUCAACUAGGUCCAACAAUCGCGAAUAAGUUUUCAUAUUGCCUAACCCCGAUCACCUCAAACAGCACAAGCACGCUAACAUUAGGCAACAGUCCUGCUAAAACCGGCUCUGUUGUGAUUCCUUUGGUAACCCAAGACAAUCCAACUUACUACGCGAUAAAUCUCAAGGCCAUAAGUAUAGGCCAGGAUGAAGUCGAUAUCAACAAAGACAUAGUCAUAGAUAGUGGUUCAACACUAACAUAUCUAGACAAGAGUGAUUACACACGCCUUGAGGCAUUAGUGAAGGCCUCGAUACCAGAAGAGCCAAUCGACAAUCCACCUCAAGGAUUCAAGAUUUGCUUUGAGAAAAAGAAAGAGGUUAAGAUAUCAUUUAAGAUGGAUUUCAAGCUUAAUGGAGGCGAUGUUAUAUUAGUAGACUCGAAUUUCAUGAUAGAGUUUGAUAAAUAUGUUUGCUUAGGAAUCGUGCCCUCGGAAGAAGAAGGUGAUCCUAUGAUUCUUGGGAAUAUAGCUCAAGUUAACUUUGAGGUGGAGUUUGAUCUUAAAGGAAAGACGGUUUCAUUUACUCCCACCAUUUGUAGCCAAAACCAUGGGGCUAGUUUAGCUUAGUUUUCUUGCAUGAAUGUGUAUGGUGAAAGAAAAUAAUGUGGUUUACAUCACAAUUUGAAAUAAAACUUCAUUGCGAAAUUUCAAAUACCUUGUAUUAUGCAUGUAUUUUUGUUAUAUUAAUACAAAUUGUUAUGAUGCACAUCAUAAUUUUGAGUG